CACUUUUCGCGUACUCUGCAACCAAGAAAGAAGCCUCAAUCAUUCACCCAUGUCCUGUAACGCAACGCCAGUCCAAUGUACACAGAACCCUGAUAAAGAAUCCGAAUUGGGAUCGGACCCACUUUCGCGUUUCCUCUUCUCGAGCUCUAGGGUUCCCUCUGCAUCAUCCCCACUUCACUCCGCUCCCAUCCCCUUUUCUUGAAGUGAAGGGGGGCCGUUCUUGGCGUUUUUCCGGUUGGUCGGACGAGUUUUUCUGGGGGCGGAGGAUGGCGAUGACGCCCGGUCGCCGUGCGGGGGUGUGGGUCGCGCUCUGUCAUUCGCUGCUCGCCGCGGCUCUGGUCUGCUCCAAGAAUCACGGAAACCCAGCGAAUGAUCUCGUGGACAUGAUCAACAAGAACAGGACAGCCCUCAAGCUUCCAGCGCUGAACGACAGCCCUGGUAUAGGGUGCAUGGCUUUGCAAUACAUCGAGCUAUGCAAGGGAAACUGCACUAACAAUGUUCCACACUGCAAUGUAACGGAAGACGACUUCACCGAGAUUUUUGCUCCAAUUGCGGCGUUGAGCUACCGACAUUUGGUACCUUAACUGGCCAAAUUAUGGGUUGUCAUUCCAAGUACCUCGAGCCAUCGCUGGCCUUCUCACAGGUUCUUGUGAAAGACAAUACGAGUCUCCCUCUCCUGAGAAACAAGUCGCACACUGAGGUCGGAGUUGGCUUAGUCAGGGCUCAUAAGGGCCCCUCCUUCUGGUGCGUCUUGUUCAGCAGCGACCAUG